AUCAAUUGGUAUGGCAAGUGGCGAGGGCUAGCGGAGCUGCUCCAAGUUAUUUUCGGCCAAUGGGACGAUAUCUUGAUGGAGGAUUGAUUGCAAACAAUCCUACAUUAGAUGCACUGACAGAAAUCCAUGAACAUUAUAUUGAUAAGAAAAUGAAGAAUCUUCCGACACAGUCUGUUGGACUUGUUUUGUCAAUUGGCACAGGUGUAGUUCCUCGCAAAGCAGUUAAGAACAUUGACAUCAUGCGUCCAGACAGUCCCUUAGACUUAAUCAAUGCUGCAAAGACCAUGAUGGGAGCUGCAACCCUUGGACAAAUGUUUAUAGAGUUG